CGUUUGUGGGUUGCUGCUGGUUGCUGGAGUGAAAAUUGUUUGACAGUGAGGUGAGGGGACCCGUGCACAGUGACUGAUAAGAGAAGUAAGUUGUUUUUUUCGGCGUGUCGGUGCGCAGUUUCCGAGUCAACGCGGAGGCUGACGUGAGAGCGACAAAUGGUUUGUACGAGUCUCAGCAACAGGGCGCAGAGCGAAAUGUCAGCGACUGUUUCAGCCUUGGGCACGGGGAAGCGCGACUAGUCCACCGCAACGCGGAAAAUAUUCAGGAGGGAGAGAAUGCGAAUGGUGCGAAGAUACCGAAAUCAAACAAAAUGGAAACGAUGUAGCGUCGCUGCGGCAUUUCAUAUAGCUAGAACUAACGUUAGAGUAGAGAGUAGAUAGCUAAGGAGCUAGCGCGUUAACUAACAUACAUGUAAAGUUAUUCCCCGGAGAAGCCGAAGCAGAGCCCGGAGGCGUGUGUUGAAUCAGAAGAGUUCACCAGUGUUGCAAAAUCGAAGAAGAUAAACAAGAAGAUGCUAAGAAGAAGACUGAACCGUUUGCUCGGUGGUGACGAGAGAAGAGUAGACAGUAGAACUAUCUAUGUCGGUCAUCGGUCGGGCUCCACCAAUGAGGCAAUCAUCCCACCCAAGUUCUGUGAUAACAGGAUUGUGUCAUCCAAGUAUACUGUUUGGAACUUUCUACCAAAGAACCUGUUUGAACAGUUUAGAAGAAUUGCCAAUUUCUACUUCCUUAUCAUCUUCCUGGUGCAGGUGAUAGUGGACACUCCCACCAGCCCAGUCACCAGUGGCCUACCCUUAUUUUUUGUGAUCACAGUAACAGCUAUCAAGCAGGGUUAUGAGGACUGGCUACGGCACAAGGCUGACAAUGAGGUAAAUAAGUACCCAGUGACAGUGCUAGAGGACGGCCAGAGGAUACCCAAGGAGAGUGAGAAGAUCAAGGUUGGAGAUGUUGUGGAGGUGGAGGAAGAUGAGACCUUUCCCUGUGAUUUGAUACUGCUGCAGUCUAGCCGAGAUGAUGGCACAUGUUUCGUUACCACAGCAAGUCUGGAUGGAGAGUCCAACCAUAAAACACACUACACAGUGCCAGACACAGAGGAGGAUCUGGAUUCUCUCAACGCCACCAUCGAGUGUGAACAGCCCCAGCCUGACCUUUACAAGUUUGUCGGCCGUAUGCACAUCUACAAAAAUAAUCAGGAGCCUGCAGUGAGGUCUUUGGGCCCAGAAAACCUGCUGCUGAAAGGGGCAACUUUAAAGAACACUCACAAAAUCUGUGGUGUUGCUGUUUACACUGGCAUGGAGACAAAGAUGGCUCUGAACUACCAGGGCAAGUCUCAGAAACGGUCCGCUGUGGAGAAGUCAAUCAAUGCCUUCCUUCUCGUUUACCUUUGCAUAUUGUUGAGCAAGGCCCUAGUGUGCACUACACUUAAGUAUGUGUGGCAGAACAAGCCUGGACAGGAUGAGCCAUGGUACAACGAGAAAACCCAGAGAGAGAAGGACACAAAUCUGUACCUAAAGAUGUUCACUGACUUCCUGUCCUUCAUGGUGCUCUUCAACUUCAUCAUUCCGGUGUCCAUGUAUGUGACUGUUGAGAUGCAAAAGUUUUUGGGAUCCUUUUUCAUCACAUGGGACAAGGACUUCUAUGACCCUGAAAUCAAAGAGGGGGCACUGGUCAAUACUUCAGACCUCAACGAGGAGCUGGGACAGGUGGAGUAUGUCUUCACAGACAAGACGGGCACCCUCACUCAGAAUAACAUGGAGUUCAUCGAGUGCUGCAUUGACGGCUUCCAGUACAAGUACCGGGACGCGAGCUCAGAGUUGGAUGGAUUCUGUGUUACAGAUGGACCUGUGAACAAACUACAGCAGAAAGCUGGCAGGGAGAGGGAGGAGCUGUUUCUGCGUGCCCUGUGUCUGUGCCACACAGUCCAGGUGAAGGAGUCUACAGAGCAGGGUCAAGGCCAAGGGGACGGACUGACAGACCAGGUGGAUGGCUUAGUGGUUGAUGGAGAGAUGCUCAGUCCACCGCAGGAACAGAGAGGCUUCAUAGCCUCCUCACCUGAUGAAGUUGCUCUUGUCAAGGGUGCCAUGAGGUAUGGCUUCACAUUUCUGGGUCUUGAAAGUAAAACCAUGAAAAUUCUCAACAGGAACAAUGAUGUUGAAAAUUAUGAACUGCUUCAUGUGCUGAACUUCGACCCAGUGAGAAGGCGAAUGAGUGUAAUAGUCCGAUCCAGAACAGGUGAUACACUGCUCUUCUGUAAGGGAGCGGACUCUUCAAUCUUUCCCCGCGUCAGACAGGAAGAAGUCGAAAGGAUACGUAUGCAUGUGGAGCGUAAUGCAACUGAGGGCUACCGGACACUGUGUGUGGCCUACAAACAUCUCAGUGCAGAGGAGUACGCCCAGGCAGAUGAAGGAUUGAGGGAAGCUCGACUGGCUCUGCAGGACAGAGAAGAGAAGCUCAUGGCUGUUUACAACCAAGUGGAGACUGGGAUGAGUCUAAUAGGAGCUACUGCUGUAGAGGAUCGGCUUCAGGAGGAGGCAGCAGAAACCAUGGAGGCUCUGCAGGGGGCAGGCAUUAAGAUCUGGGUCCUAACGGGGGACAAGAUGGAAACGGCAAAAUCCACCUGUUAUGCUUGUAGGUUGUUCCAGAGAAAUACAGAGCUGCUGGAGCUAACAGUGCGUACUCUAGAGGAUGGAGAGGAUGGGAGGAGGCGUGAGCAACGACUGCAUGAUCUCUUGAGUGAAUAUCAUAAGAAAGCUGUGCAGGAUGCACCACCAGUUAAGGCAGGCGUCACCAGGAGCUGGUCUUCGGCAAACCAAGACUAUGGUUUUAUCAUAGAUGGAGCCACUCUGUCGAUGGUGCUCAACUCCUCCGCUGAAUCCAACUCAAGUUGCUACAAGAACCUGUUCCUGCAGAUUUGUCAAAACUGCACAACUGUGCUCUGCUGCCGCAUGGCUCCUCUACAAAAGGCACAGAUAGUUAAAAUGGUGAAGAACUCUAAAGGCAGCCCCAUUACUCUUUCCAUUGGAGAUGGUGCCAAUGAUGUCAGCAUGAUUUUGGAAGCUCAUGUUGGCAUUGGUAUUAAGGGUAAAGAGGGUCGGCAGGCAGUGAGGAACAGUGAUUAUGCCAUCCCCAAACUCAAACACCUCAAGAAACUUCUUUUGGCUCAUGGGCAUCUCUACUAUGUUCGCAUUGCACACCUGGUGCAAUAUUUCUUUUACAAGAACCUUUGCUUCAUCUUACCUCAGUUUUUGUACCAGUUCUUCUGCGGCUAUUCCCAGCAACCCCUGUAUGACGCGGCCUAUCUGACGAUGUACAACAUCUGCUUCACCUCUAUGCCCAUCCUGGCUUACAGCCUCUUGGAGCAGCACAUCUGCAUUGAGAUUCUGCUGGACAAUGCUACCCUCUAUAGAGAGAUUGCUAAGAAUGCCAUGUUACGGUGGGGACCAUUCCUCUACUGGACUUUACUAGGAGUCUUCCAUGGCCUGCUCUUCUUCUUUGGUGUUCGGUAUCUGUUCAGUAACCCAGCACUGCAGGACAAUGGCCAGGUUUUUGGGAAUUGGUCAUAUGGAACAAUUGUCUUCACAGUACUUGUCUUCACUGUCACACUAAAGCUUGCUCUGGACACACGGCACUGGACGUGGAUAAACCACUUUGUAAUCUGGGGAUCCCUGGCUUUCUACGUGUUUUUCAGCUUCUUCUGGGGAGGAAUAAUAUGGCCUUUCCUGAGGCAGCAGCGUUUGUACUUUGUGUUUGCCAACAUGCUGAGCUCGGUGUCAGCCUGGCUCGUCAUCAUCUUGCUCAUCCUGCUCAGCCUACUGCCAGAGAUCCUGCUUGUGGUGUUCCGCAAGCCCCGCGGCCCCCACGCUAGACAGAAGAAGCUGGUUCAGUCGAGCGUGGGGGGUCCCCAGUCUCCCCAGUCUUCAUCCAGACCCCUGCUCAUGAGAACCUUUUCAGAUGAAUCCAAUACUGUCAUUUAAGCAGCUGUCCGAGGGCGGCCUCCUACAAACAUCCAGGCUGCAGCUGUCACACCACUAUCCUAUAAGCACCUGAAGGAGCGCGAGUAAAAGGCAGCAAGGACUCACAACAACAGUGGCAUCAGCCAUAUUCAGGAUCCUGUGCUAGCUGGGUCAGAGCUGAUCUGAAAAGAGGAGGAGGAAAGAGAUGUGCUGACUGGGGGGAAGGGAUGAAAGGGGAUUUAGCAGUCUUUUGACUUGUGUCUUUCUGCUCCGUCCUUCUCUGCCCAAUCCCAACAGCUCUUAACCCCCCACGCAUGCCUGCAGAGCAGUGCCCUGCAUUAUUUUUUAAAAUAUCUACUCAGAUGACAGGCAUGAGUUUUCUUUCUUUUACUCCUUUUUUUUUUUUUUUAAUACUAGCUUACAAAUGAAUGCAUACAUGGCUGCCUUGUCAGUAGCUCUGUCCAACUGCUGUGUUUUAACAAGCAGUUGUAAUAUCCACUCCAAGAAUGGUUCACCUGCAUGAAAGAAGGCUCCAAAGAACGCUUUACUCCACUGAUGUUCAGUCACUGUACUCUGCAAAGUUUUUAUUAAGAUGUAAUGAUCCCAUUCUCAAUGGUUAUACAGAUUAUUAUACUUUACAUUCUACUUUAUAGUUAUAAUGUUUUUCAGAAGUUAUACUUUAAAUGGAUAUCAUGUUUCAGGAAAUGCACUCAUUCACAGAUCCAAAUUGUUCAAGAAAAAAAAAACGGUUAGUGAAUGUGAUUUCAGCCCAGCUCAGAGCUGCAAACCAACUGUUCCAGCAUUUUUCUGGUUUAUAGAUUAUUAUCUGAUUAUUUGUUUCCAAGAAUCUGUAGUCUCCACUGAAUACUAAGGUAUAAGAGGGGUUAAUGGAGACCAUAAUACCACUCAGUCCAAAAAGUGUGUGUGUGUGUGUGUAUAUAUAUAUGCAAGAUUGAGAUAGAUUAGAGAUAUUAAGCCUUUUCCAGCAAUGAAACAUUGCUUGGAGCAUGACCUAAAUCUUCCAACCUCAGAGAUAAUUUAAGAGAGUCCAAUUAAGAUGAGAAAAUUAAUAUAUGUGUUGUACUGUAUAUAGCUUAGAGAUGUAUGACAGCGUCUGCUCAAAGCCAAAAAGAUGAGCGUAAUGCGAUCAGAUUUUUUCCACCCUAGUGUGACCUGAAAGUCGGUGUGUGUGUGUGUAUGCGUGUCUUAUGUAAGUACGUGCAACUGUACUGGAUGAGAGAAGCCAGAAAUGCCUGCGUGUAAUGAAAACCAGGAUUACUUGAACCUUGUUGAUGUAGUUCGGUGAGACAUUUCCUGCACUAUUAGGGAAGGUUUCUUCAUUGCGGGUUAGGGUUAGGGUCACUAAGGCACAUGAAUAUAUGCCUGAGCGUACGCACGCACAUAUCUGAUAGGUGAGGACAUUACACACACACACAGUAACCACACACGUUGUACACAUAAAUGCACAUGCACUAAAGCCUAAAUGAGGUAUUUAUGUUCUUUACCCUUUAUCUAGUUUGUCUCAGUCAGGCUGAAGUUGGAACGUAAAGAAAACCAACUCCAGACGUGCACAGUCAACGUAGUUAGUGCUACUGUAAGGCUCCACCAUCCUUGUUCUUUCUUUUGUUUUUGGUCAAGCCUGCUGACUUACAGCACAAGUGUGUGGACUGUUUAGCUUUUUGUUCCGUCCUUUACCUUUACCUGUGUAGAGCUUCAUACGUUCCAUUUAAACAUGCCAUGAUAUCAAACACUUUAAGAUACUGUUUUGAAAUAUUUCUUUUCUUUUUUUUUCCUUCCCACAAACAUGUAUUGUAUAUGUGGCAUAUUUAUUGUUAAGUGUAAUUUUUCUCACAAAUGUUAUAUUUUUAUUACAUAAAUCUUUUUUAUUGUGGAGAGUGGUCAGCUUCGUGCCAGUUGAGUUAGCCUGUGUUACUCCAGCCCUGAUAUGAGCCCGUGCCAAUCCCAUUUGACAGUCUUUGUUACGUGUGCAAAGACAGGCAGCCCCCCCAAACACACUCUCAGCAUCCCAAAAUCAACCUCUGAACCAAUGUCACUCUUUUUACCAGGUGAUCUGGCUCUUGGUUUAAACUGAUGAGCACCUGUGACUAAUAUUUUGUUUUGUGUUACAGCCAGCUGUUAUAGAAUUUGUCACUAUGGUGAUUUUAUUGUACACUGCUUCACUGAUCUCUGCUCAUACAGUAACCCCAGUACAAUACUUUUUAGUACUGGCUUUGUAUUUCACCCUACUGACUGCAGCCUGACAGUGUCUGACACAGUGCAUACGCAGAAUAUGCACUCAUAACACCAAGUGGAGAUUUAAAUUAAACUAAUGGUGAUUUGUUGUUAACAAAUAGAAAAAUUUACAAGCAUUUCAGUGUCAUUUUUCUACUAUGUAAGUCUGUUUUUCUGAUUGCGGAGGGGGUGGUUCUUUACUCUGUGAUAUGUCCCCUCCAGACUGCACUGUGCCGGAGACACUGGAUGUAAGAGGACACACUGAGAGGGGCUGCCUGCUUUGUUAAAUGAAAAACCUUUAAGUGACAUCAGAGAUGCUAUUUUCUUCAAAUCUAAUGUUUUGCCUGUCUAAUGAAAAGUAUAAAAGAAUGGAUUGUAUUUUUAAUGCAACCUUUUUCCAGCCACUUUUGUAAGAAAAUCAAAAUGUCCAAAAAAAAGCACGAGAGGCUCUGUGGUUGUGGACGCUGUCCCUGUCCGUGACAGCUGGAGGUGGAUGCCUUCAGGCACCUCAGCAGCUCUGCGUCAUACGGCAGGGACACCUUGCCACCUCCAGCCCUUUGGGUCUCCAGCCUCAACACUCCAAA